AUGGCCGAAACUCAUGAGGCCAACAGGAAAUUUGCUGAACGUGUUCUAGAAAGUGGGUUAUCUUCAAAAAUUGAAGAUAUUGAUGAAGAUACGGCUGAGCAAGUGUGGAUUCACUGUAAAAAAGAAUUAUUAGAAAUUAUGAAGGUUUACGACUACACGGACUUUUAUAUUCCACCGUCAGCAAGUAAGGAUCAGGACGUGGUGGAAUCAGAUUUGGGCAUAUUGAAGAAGAGAAUUCUGUACAAGGCUAUCAUUGAUUUACCUUCUCACAGGAAACAAAGUCUUUUGAAUUGCUUAGACAAGGAACUUAUUCGAUCACAAUCUUCUAGUAGAAACUCUGCACUCAGCGACUGGCAUAAGUUGUUUUUUGAGUGGUCUACCGUUCGUAGAAGAUAUCUGGAAAGAAAAGUGAACCCACCCCAACCCCAUCAACACCAUAAACAUAAACACAAAGAUACCCGUAAAAAGCCAACGACAGCUACUCGUCGUGCUGGAGUUCUAAACCCUCUGGAAUCUUCAAGUUCUCGUACCACAUCAAAUGUUCCCUCUAUACCAGAAAAUACAAGAACAUCCUUGAAUGUAAAACCUGACAGAAUUUCAAGUUCUCGUACUGCUUCAAAUGCUCUUGAUAUACCAGAUUCUUCUUUAACAACCCCGAAUGUGAAAUUUGAAAAAUCUUCUCCUACUGAUACAUCGGAGGCUAUAACAAGUCCCGAGGUAUCUAAAGAUCUAGCUAAUGCUAAAGUACCGGGAGCAGCAGCAUCACUUUUUGACACCUCUGCCAUCAAACAAAUCGAGAAGGCUUCAGACCAAUCGAAGACAAAAGAAGCUAUAUCACCCGAACCUCUAGAGAAAAAGAAUGAAGAUUCACCUUCUCCAUCACCAAUUGAAAAAAAUAAAUCACCAGCACCUUUAUCGCAAGAAAGAAGUAUAUCACCGGCACCUUCACCGACAGAGAAAAAUAAAUCAUCGGCACCUUCACCAAGUAAAGCACCAGCACCUUCAUCGUCAGAGCAAAAUAAAUCACCGACACCUUCACCGUUAGAGAAUAAUAAAUCGCCUGCACCUUCACCGUCGGAGAAAAGUAAAUCACCGGCACCUUCACCGUCAGAAAAGAAUAAAUCAGCGACACCUUCACCGUCAGAGAAUAGUAAAUCACCAACACCUUCUGAUAAAAGUAGAUCACCAACACCUUCACCGUCAGAGCAAAGUCAAUCAUCAACACUUUCACCGUCAGAGAAAAGUAAAUCGCCUGCACCUUCACCAUCAGAGAAGAAUAAAUCACCAACACCUUCACCGUCAGAGAAGAAUAAAUCAACGGCACCUUCACCAAGUAAAUCACCAACAUCUUCACCGCCAAAGCAAAAGAGAUCAUCGGCACCUUCACCGUCAGAGAAGAAUAAAUCAACGGCACCAUCACCAAGUAAAUCACCAACAUCUUCACCGCCAAAGCAAAGUAGAUCAUCGGCACCUUCACCCUCAGAGAAAAAUAAAUCACCGGCACCUUCACCGUCUGAGAAGAAUGAAUCACUGGCACCUUCACAGUCUAUUAAGAGGAAAUCACAUGCACCUUCACCAUCGGAGAAGAAUAAAUCACCGGCACCUUCACAAUCAGAGAAUAGGAAAUCGCCGGCACCUUCUGGUAAAAAUAAAUCACCGUCACCUUCACCGUCAGAAAAGAAAAGUAAAUCACCAACAUCUUCACAGUCACAUAAUAAGAAAUCUCCUUCCGAGAAAAGUAAAUCACCGACAUCUUCACCGACUAAAAAGAAAAGUAAAUCACCAUCACCUUCAUCAUCAAAGAAAAGUGAAUCACCAACAGAAAAAGGUGAAUUCCCUGGUAUUUCUCCGGCCGAGCCUCAACCAAAGGGUACAAGCAAAUUGAGUAAGAAUAAUAAAGCUUCUGUUGUCGUGGGAUGUUACGCGGCUGGAGCGAUUGUUGUCGCAUUCUGCUUGCUCUGCUGUGUACGGAGUGCGAAGAAAAAAAAAUAUGGACAAAGUGAUGACCAGCAUUUUUCUUAUCUUUCUACUGGUUCUUUACAAACGCCUAAUGGUGUAGCAACGGGAAGCAAUUCCAGCACGGGGUCAGGUAUCACAGGUGCCAGAGGUCAAUCAUCAGGAGCAUCUGGGGACGGGAGCCUACCACUUCCACCUGGAAGAGCAGCUCCUUCGGCCCCGAAACCUGCUGCUGCUGCUUCCCCUCCCCCUCCUCCUUCCGCUCCAGCUCCGCCUCCCCCUCCCGCUCCCGCUCCCCCUGAACCUCCUAAGCCAAAGGCUCCGCCACCCCCAAAAGCUGCUCCACCUCAGCCACCAAAACCUUCACCUCUUGGGCCAAAUAGUAUGCGUCAUUCCAGUGCUGAAGGUAGCGGGGAUCAGAAAGCAAAGAUGAAGCCAUUUCACUGGGACAAGGUUGCUGCCUCUGAUCAAACCAUGGUUUGGCAUGACCUUAAAGCAGGGUCCUUCCAGUUCAACGAGGAGAUGAUGGAAAAUCUGUUCGGUUAUAAAGCUGCGGAGCAACAAAAAAAUAAAAAAGGCCAAGCAGCCUUUGAAGCUCCAAAAUAUAUCCAAAUCAUCGAUCCUAGGAAAGCACAGAACUUAGCAAUUCUCUUAAAGGCAUUGAAUGUGACAACUGACGAAGUUUGUGAAGCCGUUUUGGAUGGUAAUGAGCUUCCUUCUGAGCUCAUUCAGACGUUGCUGAAGAUGCCACCAACUUCAGAGGAAGAGUUGAAACUGAGGCUAUACGAUGGGGAUCUUUCUCAACUUGGUCCUGCUGAACGAUUCCUUAAAACAAUGGUUGAUAUUCCGCUUGCCUUCAAGCGUUUAGAAUCUUUGUCGUUUAUGUAUUCUGUUGAAGAGGAAAUCUCAACUGUUAAAGAAUCCUUUGCAAGCAUAGAGGUAGCUUGCAAUGAGAUCAAGAACAGCAGACUUUUCCUGAAACUCCUGGAAGCAGUUCUUAAAACUGGCAACCGUAUGAAUGAUGGUACUUAUCGUGGAGGGGCACAGGCUUUUAAGCUUGAUACACUCUUAAAACUAUCAGAUGUUAAAGGGACGGAUGGGAAGACCACGCUUCUACACUUUGUUGUUCUUGAGAUAAUCCGAACUGAGGGUAUACGAGCUGCGCGUAAAGAAAAAGAUAGCAGCAGCCUUACCAGCGUGAAAACAGAGGAUAUGCUUGAAAAAUCUAAUGAGGAAACAGCAGGAUAUGUUCGGAAACUUGGUAUUGAGAUAGUUUCCAAUUUAAGAAAUGAGCUUGAGAACGUACAGAAGGCAGCGCAUAUAGACAGCGAUGUGCUAAAAUCAACGGUUCUGAAACUAGGCCAUUCAUUACAAAAAUCAAAAGAUUUUUUGAACAAUGAGAUGAAUGAUGCAGAACAAGAAGGUAAGUUCCGAGAGAAGCUAGAAAGUUUUGUGCAUAAGGCUGAAGAUGAUAUAGUAUGGUUGUUAGAAGAAGAAAAGAAGAUGAGUUCUCUGAUCCAGAGCACGGUUGAUUACUUUCACGGCCAUGCAGGAAAAGAUGAGGGGUUGCAUUUGUUUGCUGUUGUUCGCGAUUUCUUAGGAAUGGUAGAGAAGGUUGUUAAUGAGGUGGAAAGGAAAGCACAGACAGCCAAGAAAAUGCCUGCAAGAGCACCACCAGCUGCACAAGAAUCUCGGAAGCCAGACAAUCAGCAAAAACUUCAGCAACGCCUGUUUCCUGCAAUCCAGGAGCAACGUCGCAAUGAUUCUAGUUCUAGUUCUUCAGAUGAUGAAAGUUGACCUUCGUACAUAAUGUUGUAAAGCCCGAAUGAUGAUCAUUAAUCUUCCUUGUCGGAGUAAAUAGGAGGAAAUAUUUAAAGAAAACGUAUUUGAAGAUAUGUGUCUGCUCCUACGCAACUAUCAAAGAAAAAGUUUUGGCAGACAAGUAUUCAGCAUCAGGUCCAAAUGAGAACUUCUACUGCCAUUCACAUUUGCUCAGACACAUGACUUCCAAGGUUCUGUUGCAUCCAGAUGUGUCCUUCCUGCAACGAUAGUGCAGGACGGCCUAUAUGUGUAUAAAGGGAAUGAAUAUAUAAGCUGCAACUGUUUAGAGAAGGAAAACAGAGAGUCUGUCAAUCAGUCCAUAGUUCUGCGACUGCAUUGUGUAAAAAUUACUGCUUUAUUAGUUAGAUUGAAGAAAAAUGAGUUAGCAUAUAUGUCCGUCGAAUCUCCUACUAUGUAGUCUGUACUUAGAUCUUGUACAUAGGCCAGAUUAGUCGUAAUAGUAGUCUGUACAUAUCCGAUUUCUUAAAUAGGUGAAUUUGUUCUCAUUAGUUACUAAUCUUAAUAGAAAAGAGGC